AUGCCAAGUUCAUAGGGGGCUUAGGAGAUGCUUUUUCCAUUGCUUGAAAAUCAAGGAGUACAGGCUUUAGAAGAGAGAAAAUCUGUUGCAUCAUUUAAAAACUUUACCCCAGUUAAGCUCAGUCGCAAGACUUCUACAUCUCCAUAUAAGCAAGUUGAACAAGUCAAUUAAGGCAAAGCUAAAUUGCUGACUGCAAUUGAGAGAAAAAUUACUUACGUUCCUCAUGCAGAGUAUAUCAAAAAGUCAGACGUAACAUUGGGUGAUAAGAGUAGACUUACUAAAUUGACAAUCAUAAAUAUGCUCAUCUUUAUAUUGCAGAUGGUGACAAUUAUCGUCACUGCUAUGAUGACAAAUGUAACAUUAAAUAUCUUCGAUUCUAAUGAAACUCCGAUUACAAUUGAUAGAUUUUUCUUAAUAAUGCAAUGGAUUUUAGUAUUCGUACUUCAAUUCAUUUUUGUGCUUCUUCCUCUACCGUGCAUGAGGCCAGCUAUAAUCGCAUUCACAAGCUACUCAAAUUUUGCCAAGUUCUUCCUGCCUUUCGGAAAAGUUAUAUAUAAAGAUGAUGGCAGGGAUUUUGUUAGUUUCAAAGAAUUUAUCUCUAUUCAUGUUACAUUCUCUGUUUUUCAUGCUUGGAUCACAUAUUUCUGCAUAUUCAAUUUCUUCAGAUCGAUGGGAGAAUUCUAUGAAUUUCAGAAAAGUGAAAACAAGCAGGAUGCUGAAAUUUGGAACCUAGAUAUUGAGCUCUGGGGAGUCAUUGCAAUGACGGUAAUGCUUAUCGAAAUGAGUAUCUACCUUGCAUAUUAUAAAGACGUAAUGUUCAGUAUAACUACCUUGUUAAAUUAUGUGGGAAUGUUCAUUCACAAUAAUUAAAAAGAAUUUUUCACUGUUUAUGUCCAUAAUGCACUGAUAGGAAUGAUUACUAUUACAAGUGUUUUCAUUUUCAUGACUAUUGUAUAUGAUUAUGACAAGGCAUUUUAUCUGAAGCAUAGAAUAUAUGAUAAAAAGUUUAAUGUAAUUCAGGAAAAGCUUAACUAAAUGAGCAAGGACAGAAAUAAAUCGAGUAAUUAAAAGGAUGAAAAUCCGUUGUAUGAAAGGAGUCAGAGUUUCGCUGUAUGGCUGUAAUUUAGGCAGAUACAGGAUAGGAAAGUGAGAUAAGACACUGAUGCUAUGACAAUAACAGAAGAUUCAUUAUCUGAGCAUGACAAUCAAAUUGUAGAGGAGAUGGACUUCGAAGAAAUUUAAGAUUAGUAAGAAAGAGAUCAAAACUUAGUAUAGUCAUUGAAGUUCGAUAAUGUUAACUCUCAUGAUAAAAGUGAUAUUUUCGAUAAAAAAGCAAUGAGCCGCUAAAAGAAAUAAGCUUUCACCGUAAUGAAUAACAGCAAGAACAAAAAGAAAGAAAAGCAAGUAAAUUUUAAGAAUAGAGAAAAAUCUAUUGACCAAUCUAUGAAUUAAAUGAAUAAAAGCAAUGAACAACUGUAAAAUAGUUAUGCAAGUAGACAGAUGAAUUCAGUUUACAAAUUCGAUUGA